GCAGCCACUUCCACUUUAAGAAGGCGGAUCUCUCAGUACAGUGUUGUUUAUUACGAGUCCUAAAGUGGCACAUGGAAAUGAUACAGUAACUCCUGCUAAUUCAACAUGGCGAAAGCUUAUGUCGAAUAUGUUUCGCAUAGGAUAAACUCAUGUGACUAAAAUAUAAAAUUUCAACCUUAAGCGAAGUGAAUUUCGUAGCAUUCUUCGUUGACUGGCUAGACGAUUUUUUAUUUUAUUUUGAGCGCACUGUUGCCUACCUAAUAUAACAGAAAGCGACUGUCACAGCACAGUAAAUGCGGCAGAAAAACAUAUGCAACCACGUAUUAAGCCGCCGAGCAAGAGGUUGCAAAUAGCAUAGGAAUGUAGGAAUGAGGCAGUACUGAAAUUGCAAAACAAGCGAUUCCGAAUUUCAUCCUUCCAAAGUCAAAGAAGUAAAAGGACUUAACAGUGAGAUGGACCGACCACCAGAACCACGCCGCGAGCGCAUCUGGACCAUCCUCGUGUAACCGCCAGCUCAAGACCGGGAUGAGCGGGAUGGCAGCAUCCAGUAACUCCAGUUUGUCGGGUUCUUCGGUCUCCUCUGAUCCUGAGGACUAUCAGCCACCAAUAUGGAAGUGUUACUUGUACCAGCUGCAGCAGGAAGCACCUCGCCCCAAGAGGAUGACCUGUUCUCUGGAGAUGGAGAACAGACCAAAGUAUUAUGGCAGAGAGUUCCAUGCCAUGAUUUCUCGUGAUCAGGCAGAUGAGUUGCUGGGUGGGGCUGAAGGAAGCUAUCUAAUUCGAGAAAGCCAAAGGCAACCAGGAUCCUAUACACUGGCCUUGAGGUUCGCAAAUCAGACUCUGAACUACAGACUCUUCUAUGAUGGCAAGCACUUUGUCGGGGAUAAGAGAUUUGAGUCGAUCCAUGACCUGGUGACGGAUGCCCUGAUCACACUCUACAUCGAGACCAAGGCUGCAGAGUACAUCGCAAAGAUGACCACCAAUCCUAUCUAUGAACACCUGGGCUACACGUCCCUGCUGAGGGACAAGGUGACACACCGGCUGGGCCGAGGACGGCCCGAGUUCAAGAGGGUUACCUUCCAAAGGGACGAAAAGAUCACCUCUCCCCUGGUGAAGCGGACUGCCCUGAGAGACGGAGAGAAGCAGUGCAGCUACGAGAAGGCGCACAACUUUAAGGUCCACACUUUCCGAGGGCCACAUUGGUGUGAGUACUGUGCCAACUUCAUGUGGGGGCUGAUUGCCCAGGGCGUCCGCUGCUCAGACUGUGGCUUGAAUGUACACAAGCAGUGCUCCAAGCUGGUGCCCAGUGACUGCCAGCCGGACCUGCGCAGGAUAAAGAAGGUCUUCAGCUGUGACCUGACUACGCUGGUCAAGGCCCACAACACACAGCGCCCUAUGGUGGUGGACAUGUGCAUUCGUGAGAUUGAGCAAAGAGGACUGCAGUCAGAGGGGCUGUACCGGGUGUCUGGAUUCACCGAGCAUACUGAGGAUGUGAAGCUGGCCUUCGAUCGAGAUGGAGAUAAGGCAGACAUCAGUGUUACUGUGUUUGCAGACAUCAACACCAUCGCUGGUGCUCUCAAGCUCUACCUGCGUGACCUGCCCAUUCCAGUCAUCACAUACGAUGUGUAUUCUAAGUUCAUACAAGCCGCAAAAAUAACAAAUCCAGAUGCCAGACUAGAGGCGAUCCAUGAAGGUCUGUUGCUGCUCCCUCCAGCCCACUAUGAGACUCUACGCUAUCUGAUGACUCAUCUGAAGAGGGUUACCAUGUUUGAAAAGGACAAUUUUAUGAACGCUGAAAACCUGGGCAUUGUAUUUGGACCAACACUAAUGCAACCACCCGACCAGAACACGCUGGCAACCCUAAAUGACAUGCGGUAUCAGAAAUUAAUUGUUCAGCUCUUGAUUGAGCAUGAAGAUGUUUUAUUUUAACAGGAGACUGAAUAAAGCCAUUUUGUCACUUUAAAGUUAAUGUCCUGAAUGCAGAUAUGUUAGCGAGUAUUUGAGGUCUUCAGUUCCUGAUAUGGAGGUCACUGUGAAGGUACAUUCCCAGAAUGAGGACCUGUAAUGUUGUGCAGAUCAUGGCCAACACUGCCUCUGUCUUAUUGAUAUUACUGAGAAGUGUCAGAUGGCAGCCACUCUCGUCUUAAAGAAGGUCACACUGUUGACCUGCCCCCUUGUGACUAAAAGCCAGUGAUGACUCCCUCCCUUUAUUUAUUUAUCAUCCACUCAUUACAAACUUUGUCCACAAUGAACUACCACAUUCAACAAGUUCAGUGUGACCACCAUCAUUGGCAUCUGAAGCACACAUGUGCUUUUUUGGAAGGAUUCUAUAAAAGGUUGUUGGUGAAAGUUCAGGAAAAUUAUGACAGCUGCUCACAAUUAUUUUAACACUGGCACAGAAACUGUGCUGUAAUCAUGGAUGACAGCUGAGACUCUGCGGAGAUACAAAGCACUUUUUUGUUGCAACCUUGCUGAAAAAAUACAUUCAGGUCAAUUUUUUCUGUGUACAGUGCAUCAUUUUUAUAAUGUAAAUACUUUAUCAGCUCUUAUGGCUAUCAGUUAUGCACCAUGUAAAAAAUGAUGUGGCUAUUACUUUAAAAAACAGAAUUCAAGUGUUAUUUCAGCUAUUGUGAAGAAAUAUUUCAAAUUUCCCAGCUUCAUUACAAAAGAUUGUUAGUCACAAGGUGUUGUGCACUGGGAUGGUACCACAAUAUUUAUGCAGAUCAGUUUUUGUCUGGCAUAACACAUAGGUUAAUCUACCAAAAUAAUUCACUCAAGUAUUUGAGAUUGCUGUACAGUUUUGGAUAUUUAGUUGGAGAUCUGAUUCAAUGUUGUAAUGCUAACAAAUGUGUGAAAUUUUACUACUUAGAUCUCUAUCUGCAUCAUUUUACUCCAAUCUGUUAAAUGCAGUGGAAAGACAACAAAACACUGACAUUGCAUUUAUGAGUAAUUAUCAAAAGGUACUAAAUAAUUUAACAUCAAAGGAAUUUCCUUUGAUCACAUACAAUGUACUUUCUUUAAUGACUGAUUGGAAUUCUGAAUUGGAUUCUGAGGAAUAAGAUGAAAAGAGAAACCUUUUUGGGUAUGAUUUUAUGUUAAACACAACAUGCAUCUGUGUGUGGGUACCUUUCCACCUCCUGCUCCUAAACAGAAUUAUCCCACAUAAAGUAGAAAUACCCUUCUCUUCAAAGCUUGUUUUUGUCGGUGUUUUCAAAUGUCUAUUUGUUGUACAGACAUAAUUCCUUUCUACAAAAGCAUUGUACGAAAAGUAUUUUUGUGUGAAGAAUGCAAACUGGUUUGUGCUUUAUGAAAUGUUGAUUGAAUUUAUUAAAAGUUAAAACCCUG